AUGGCUGGGAACAUAAACUUUGGGGAUCGAAAUUCAUCGCUGCAGGUUGGAAACAACUACGGGACCAUAACUACAGCAAACUCGCCUGAAGGGUCCGAUCAUCGAACCCACCGUGACAAGGCGCUUGCAUCCUUGAAAUUCAAAGAAAUCGAUUCACGGAAGUUAGAAAUCACAACAUCCCUAAAGGAAACAUGUGAAUGGCUUCUAGGCCACGAGGAAUACAAAACCUGGCUCGACGAGGAGGAAUUACCUCAACACCAUGGAUUCUUCUGGAUCAGUGGGAAGCCUGGUGCUGGAAAGUCCACUAUCAUGAAAUUUGCAUACUUGGAUAUGAAGAGGCGAUGCCAGAUCAAUAACAAAAGUGGGCAUCAUGAUAAUCCUGUCACUGCUUCAUUUUUCUUCAACGCCCGUGGCGAGGACUUGGAGAAAUCCGUCCAUGGGCUAUAUCGGUCUUUGCUCAUCCAACUACUUCAAGGGUUUCCUGACCUCCAGGUGGUACUAGAUGAUAAAGAUCUCAUCCCUCCGGUAGCCCAAGAUGAAUCUAUUAGGUGUCCUCCUCUGAAUGCGUUAAAGGAUCUACUCCAUAAUGCCAUUAUUCUUCUCGGUAAACGCGCCCUUACUUGUUUCAUUGAUGCACUUGAUGAAUGCGACGAGAAUGAUAUAGCCGAUAUGGUUGAUCAUUUCGAGGAUCUCACAGAGCAAGCCCUCAGCCAGAAUAGCUCCUUUCGGAUUUGCUUUUCCAGUCGGCAUUACCCACAUAUUACUCUAAAUUACGGCAUACGGUUAACACUUGAGAGUCAGCCAGGUCAUUUCAGAGACCUAGAGUUCUACGUUUCGACCCGAAUGAAGAUCAGCGAUGCUGAUCUUCAUCAAAUGCUAAAGUCAAGGCUGUUAGAUAAAGCUGCUGGUGUUUUUCUAUGGGUUGUGCUGGUUGUCCGCAUCCUCAACAAGGAAUACCGUCGUUCCGGCUUCAACUUGAAACGGAGACUAGAAGAACUGCCAAGCGACUUGAGUCAAUUGUUCAAAGCUAUCUUGCUUCGAGACACUGAGAAUCCAGAAGAUCUCUUGCUUUGUAUCUUAUGGAUACUUUAUGCAAAGCGCCCUUUAAGACCCGAGGAAUUCUACCAUGCUUUGUGGUCCGGCUUGGCUAUGAAGCAACAUAAUCUGGUAGACGAAGCGCUUCCUGAGUUGUUGUCUUCAUCGUCGGAUACCUCUGAUUCAAUCGUCCUCAGCUCUGAAGAACCUGAUAAGGUUACGAUAUAUGUCAUCAGUUCUUCGAAGGGUCUUGCUGAGGUAACGAGGCCUGUCCAGUCGACGAAAAAGAGAACCGCAUAUGGCCGGAUUUCGUGGUCAAUGCAUGGGGAUUCUCAGCAAAAUGAGAAUGACAGUGAUCAUGGCAGGAGAGUUCAGUUUAUCCACGAGUCUGUUCGAGACUUCCUUAUUAAAGAUAAAGGACUAAGCGAUCUGUGGCCUGAUCUCAAUCUAAGUGACGAGGCCAUGGCUCAUGACGUGCUCAAACAAUGUUGCAGGUUCUACAUGGAUCAUGAUCAAAAGAAGACAUGGCCUGGUGAGCCAGAUCCGAGACUGGGCUUGAAAUCCGAUAUUGUGCCUGUCAAUGAUGACCAGGAAGGAGGCAAACCCGCACUCGUAGAAGCCAGCAGAAGUGGCCAUAAAGAUAUUGCGAGACUUCUUGUGGAAAGUGGAGCAGACGUCAACCAUCAUUACCCACUAACACAUGCCUCUCGAAAUGGCCAUGGGGAUAUGGUGAAAUUUCUUUUAGAAAAGGGAGCAGAUAUUCAUCACGGAUCUCCGCUGGCGGGAGCUGCUUCGCGGGGCCACGAGGCAAUUCUGAGACUUUUGAUCAACAAUGGCGCCAAUGUGGAUAAGGGCUGUCCGCUAAGACUUGCGUCCAUUGGAGGCCAUGAAACUGUGGUGGAAAUACUCAUCGAAAGUGGCGCAGAUAUAAAUAAAGGACAUCCACUGGCAGAGGCUUCUAAAAGAGGCCAUGAAGCUAUUGUCAACCUACUUCUCAGCAGAGGAGCUGAUGCGAACGCUCAGGAUCAAGCCGGUGUUACUCCACUAUUGUAUGCAUCUGAAAAGAAUCAUGGAGCUGUCGUGAAGCUUUUGAUCGACUAUGGAGCAGAUGUCGACCGCGAAGAUAACUUUGGUGCCACACCGCGCCGAAUGAUGAGUUUGAACGCAGCGACGACAGCCAGCAUUGCACCAUGGAGCCGUGGACGCAAGAAACUUUUUCAUUGA